GGGACGGGAUCGUCUCUGCUCCUGGCCUUGGAAAAUGGAACAAGAAAUGAAAGCAGACAGUGACCCGGACCCAGAGCAGGGAUGUCCCCUGAUGCCAUCCGCACCCCCAGGACAGCUGGAUGACAGCGGGCAGAUGGUCCAGGGCAGAGGUGCAAAGCCCCUGCCACAACCACCCGUGGAAGGGGGUCUGCUCCCAUUGCCCCCCAGCGCGUCCCCGGUGUCGGAGGCGGUGGCCCGACGAGCCCUCCUGCGCUUCGUGUCCUCCCGGGGCUGCUGUGGGCCCGGUGCGGGCGAGGAGCCGGCCAUCCGGCGGCUGCGGCAGCGGGGGACGUACCGGUAUCGGCUGGAGACGCUGAGUGAGUCGAGGUUGAGCGAGUGGGUGUUCGAGCCCUUCACCAAGCCCAGAGCAGCUGGACCCCGUAGGGACACCCCCUCGGACCCCUGGGACGUGGAGGUUGGGGCUCCCCGGCUCUUCCAAGGCCAGACGCGGCGCUGCCGGGUGCCCCGCUCGGCGCUGGUCAGGGACUGCCACAGAUGCCACGGUCACGGCCGGUCCAAGUGUGGGGUGUGCCAGGGAGCAGGUCGGAGGAGGUGUGUGACGUGCCGGGGGUCGCGGCGGGGGCCGGAGCAGCAGAAGCGCUGCCAGCUCUGCGCGGGGACCGGCCGCAGAAGGUGCACUACCUGUUCUGGCCGGGGCAGCAGGACCUGCACGACCUGCCAGGGCGAGAAGAAGCUCCAACACUUCAAGCAGCUGGUGAUAACCCGGAAGAACAACGUCUUUGAAUUUGUUUCUGAGCAUCAUCUCAACUUCCCAGAAAAGCUGCUCCGCAAAGUCAGUGGAGAGAAUAUAUUCAAAGAUGAAAAUGUGGUGGUGUACCCCAUCGUGGACUUCCCCGACCCCCAGAUCUCCCUGGCCUCGCAGCGAGCCAUCGCAGAGCACAGCGCGGCGCUCGCCACAACCUCCCGCAUCCUCCGCCAGCGUCAAACAGUCGAGCUAAUCCCCAUCACAGAAGUUCACUCCCAGUACUCGGGGAAGCCUUACCUCUACUACGUCUAUGGGCUGGAGAACAAGGUGUACGUGCUGGACUCCCCCGGGCGGUGCUGCUGGGGCUGCACCCUCCUCUGAGCACUGGAGAGAAACACCACCAGGGCACCCAGUGCCCCCCCUGCCCCUGCCCGGGGGAUCCAGGGAUGCUCUGGGACCAUCACUCCCACCCUGUGCUGGUGUCUGACACGGGGCACUGCACCAAAACGGGGAAGGGGAGAAAACCAGGACACCCCUCCCUCCAAACCACCCGCAUCAGAGCCAGGGGGGGAGAUCCCAGUCCCAUUGGUGUGGGAGGGGUUGGAAAUGAUUCCGAGGGUGCAGGAUCAGGCCUGGGGGGGAGAUUUCCCCCCCAUGG